AUGUUUCGUAGCAGCACAGAGGAGGUAACCACCGACAGUACCUCUCAGUGUGGACAAAGCUGGACGCCAGUUGACAGAAGCGGACUCAACGACACCACCUCGUUCGGUCCAGCGUCAGCUUCUUCAAACUCAUCCCGCCAAAGUUUAGAUGAAGGCAGCACGAGCUCCAGCCAGGGCCCGACAUGUCUAACACUACCCCGAGCAGCCUCAGGUCAGUUCCACCACAGCUUCAGGUCAAGCAAGACAAAUGCAUCACUCCUCACCUCUUCAAACAGCUCCAGCUUCCGUGCCCGUGGAGGAACACCGAGACUCAGAAGGACCCCUGGGUCUGCAGGAGCCACAGGCACACAUCCUGCACGGACACCACUGACUGAUCACACCGGAACAACUUGCUCCUCUGUAACUUCGGCUUCUGGUGCAUCUGUGAUUGUGGCAGUGGUCGAAGGGCGUGGUUUGGCCAGGGGAGAGAUUGGUAUGGCCAGUCUCAACUUGAAAUACCCAGAGCUUGUACUCUCUCAGUUUGCAGACACUGGGACUUACGCCAAGGUCAUUACCAAGGUUCAUAUCUUGGUGCCAAUGGAAAUACUGAUGCCAGACACAGCCAGUGAGAAGGGGAAAGGGACAAAGCUGUUCAACCUCAUCACUGAGAACUUCUUGGGUGUAGCAUUCACUGCAAUCCAAAGGAAGUAUUUUAAUGAGAGGAAAGGACUGGAGUACAUUCAGCAACUGUGUGCUCCAGAAUUUGGCACCGUCCUCAUGGAAGUUCAAUCUAAGUAUUAUUGCCUAGCAGCUGCGGCUGCUUUGCUGAAGUACUUAGAGUUCAUUCAGAGCUCUGUCUACGCUGCCAAGUCUCUCAAAGUGAGCUUUAAAGGCAGUGAACAGACAGCAAUGAUUGACUCAGCAUCUGCCACUAACAUGGAGCUGGUGGUCAAUAAUAGAGAUCACAGGAGCGAGCACACUCUUUUAGGAGUACUCAACCACACUAAAACACCUGGCGGUGCGAGAAGGUUGCGCUCUAAUAUUCUGGAGCCACUGGUUGAUGUGGACACCAUCAACAUACGUUUGGACACAAUACAAGAGCUGCUACAGGACGAGGAACUCUUCUUUGGCUUGAAGAAUGCCAUAGGUCAUUUCCUUGACAUCGACCAGCUGCUCUCUGUUCUUGUCCAAAUCCCAAAACAGGAAACGGUUCAGGUUGCCGAAGCAAAGAUUACACACAUCAUCCAGCUCAAACACACAUUGGAUCUGGUGCCACGGUUAAGGAUGGUGCUGAAAAACUGCAACACAGCUCUGCUCAAGGCAUACAGCACCUCACUGGAAGACAACAGAUUCGACAUGAUCUUAGAGCAGAUCAAGACAGUAAUUAAUGAGGACGCUACUUACCUGAAGGGGAGUCUGAACAUGCGCACCCAGAAGUGUUAUGCCGUACGCCCCAACAUCAAUGAGUUCCUAGACAUUGCUCGGAGAGCUUACACUGAGAUUGUGGACGACAUUGCAGGACUAGUGAACCAGAUGGGGGAGAAAUAUGGUUUUCCGCUGCGUACCAGCUUCAGCACAGCUCGAGGUUUCUUUAUUCAGAUGAAGCUUGAAGGAGUUGUCUUACCUGAAGGGAAACUCCCCGUAGAGUUCAUCAAGGUAACCAAGCACAAGGACAACUAUGGCUUCACUACCGCAGAUGUGAUGAAGAUGAAUGACCGCUGUGAUGAGGCCCUGAGGGAGAUCUUUCACAUGUCCUAUGUGGUGAUAUGUCAACUUCUGAGCACUGUCCAUGAGCACAUUCACUGCCUUUACAAACUAUCUGAUGCUGUGUCUAUGCUGGACAUGUUGCUGUCGCUGGCAAAUGCAUGCACCCUCUCAGACUAUGUGCGUCCAGAGUUCACAGACACACUGGCUAUCAAGCAGGGUCGUCACCCCGUUCUGGAGCGACUGGCUGGACAGCAGCCUGUGUCGAACAAUAGCUACAUCUCCGAGGGCAGCAACUUUGUCAUUAUCACUGGGCCCAACAUGAGUGGAAAAUCCACCUAUCUCAAACAGGUGGCACUGUGUCAGAUCAUGGCCCAGAUAGGCUCUUUUGUCCCUGCCGAGUAUGCCUCUUUCCGUGUUGCUGAUCAGAUUUUCACCAGAAUUGGUGUGGAUGACGAUUUUGAAACUAACUCUUCCACCUUCAUGUUAGAAAUGAAGGAGAUCUCUUAUAUAAUCCACAACGUAAGUGACAGAUCCCUCAUCAUCAUAGAUGAGUUGGGGCGUGGUACCAGUGCUGAGGAAGGCACUGGUAUCUGUCAUGCAGUUUGUGAGUUCCUCCUUAGCCUAAAGGCGUUCACCCUGUUUGCCACACACUAUCUUGAGCUGUGCCAACUAGAGUCUCUUUAUCCCAAUGUGGAGAACCAGCACAUGGAGGUUCAGCACACACGCUGUGAUGACACCGGUGCUGAAUGUGUGGUGUAUACACACCUACUGAGUCGGGGAUGCUCUGAAGAAAGACAUUAUGGUCUGAGAGCAGCAGGAAUGACGUCACUUCCUUCGAGCAUAAUUCAAGAGGCAAAGACAAUUGCCUCCAAAGUCAGCCAGCAGCUUUUGGCUAAACAUCACAGUGAUCCGGAAACAAAGAGACAGAGAGCUGUAUACCACCUGGCCACCCGUCUCCUGCAGACUGCCAGAAACUCCAGACUAGACCCUGACAGCCUGCGUAUGUAUCUGAAGGGCCUGAGGAAGCAGUAUGAGGCAGAGCUGCAGGCCGCGGCGCUGCCAGCAUCCAUAAACACUGAGGAGGAAUGA